AUCCUUUCCAGUACGAAAGACGCAUUUCCUCCGCCUGUCACGCUGCAGCUGAUUAUGCGGCCAGUUAAAAUAGCUGCCCAGUUGACCUGUCUAGGCAUUAUGCGGAGAAUUGGCCGGAGGUAGUGGGCCAAGCAUGGUGUGACAUCCACUCGCUUCUGGUCUUGUUUCCGAUUACUCCGUGUGGAGUGGACUGCGGAGAAGCUAUUUAACUACAUGCUACGCCUCGCCCGCGCGUGGUGCCUUGUCAGACUUACGGGAACCACGUUUACUUGUAAAUAAUACAACAGUUCUGAAUCUUAUCUCUUCUUUCGCUCCGUUUCUUAGUUGUCUUGCCCAAAGUUCAAUCAGGUUGAGAUAGCUCACGAUUACACGAUCAAUCAGCUCCAUAUGAGAAUUUGACAUCGAAAGAAUAUUUCACAACAAGAACAUACCAAAAAUGCCUGUCUUCGACCUCAAGAAGAACCUCGUCUUCUAUGGCGCAUACCACCGGGAGCCCACGAACGUGAAGAUUCACAUGACAUUCGUGCCCAUCCUCCUCGCGACCGGAUUCUUCUUCGGAACAAACACACCAUCCCUCAACGCGCCCCGCGCUCUAUCCUCCCUCCUAACCCGAACAUCCCUCCCCCUAAACCUCUGCACCAUCGCAGCAACAACCUACGCAACAACAUACACGCUGCUCUCCCCCAACAUUGCCGGUUUCACCGUCUCCCCCCUCAUCCUCCUCACCGCUUCCCUCGCCAACCGCCUCUCCGCCUCCCCCUCCUUCUCCAAGGCUAAGCUCAACAGCAUAGCUGUGGCAAUCCACGUCGGAUCCUGGAUCGCCCAGUUCGUCGGGCACGGCAAGUUUGAGGGAAGGAAGCCCGCGCUGUUGGAUAACCUCGUGCAGGCGCUUUUGUUGGCGCCGUUGUUUGUGUGGUAUGAGAUUUUGUUCAAGUUGGGUUUCUAUAAGGGAUUGAAGAAGGAGGUUGAGGAGGGAAUUGAGGCGGAGGUUAAGAAGAUCGAGGCUAAGGGUAAAUAAAGGGUUUCUUGGGGAAUUUGAUUCGCAUGAAUAAGGGCUUGGGAAUUGAGGGGCACUUGAGUUGUCAGUUGUACAUAGGAUGUACUAGAUGGCCUUUUGCUUCGGGACUAGAUGAUUCAGUCGUGGACAUGAGCAUGGUAUCAGUUGUUAUGGUUAGCUCUAGCAGAUACGUAGACACUACUUGUUGGUAUUGAAUUGCAAUGCCUUGAUUUAUUUAGCGCGCGAAGAUCAUCUUGGAGAAGAAGUAGAAUUUUGACAUGAGCUAAGUUUUAUAUACUGCCUAGAUGGCGACCACACUGUAUCAACAGACCUUUCUG